AUGACAGAGUUAUGGAAGGCUCCAGGUAAUGGUUCCAAAUCCAGUUGUGCGGCUAUACUGGACAACGGGAACUUGGUGAUUUUAGAUGAGCAGUAUAAUUCUAUAUGGGAAAGCUUCAAAAAGCCUACUGAUACGAUUUUGCCUGGCCAAAUACUGUACAUGAAUACCACACUCAGGUCUCACCAAUCUACUACAAAUUAUUCUUAUGGCCGCUUCCAGCUUUCUUUACAGCUUGAUGGCAAUCUGGUGCUUUAUUAUAUAAAUAUGCCAUCUGAAGUUCUUAAUCAUGCUUAUUUUGCCACCAUGACAAUGUUCUGGGAAUCACAGUUGAUCUUUACUGAAGCCGGAUACAUGUACGUCCAAGAUGCAAACAAUUCAACCAACAUCUUCAACCUUACCCAAGAAGAUCCAGGCUCAAAAGACUCUUUCUACCACAUGGCUAGGAUUGAUUAUAAUGGGGUCUUCAGAAUAUACAAACACCUCAGACAGCAGGACACAAGUUGUGGAAGCUGUCCUUCAACAUGGGAUCCAGUGCAAGGCAUUCCUGGUAUUACUGAUAUUUGUGGUGUAUUUGAUGCUAAUACUUUUGUAGGUGGGUUCUGUGGACUCAACGGUGUUUGUCGUACCUCAGAUGCUUCAAGUGGGGGCGGGACAUUUUGCUCAUUUCCUUAUGGAUUUUCUCAAUUGAACCCAUAUGAGGAUUGGGCUGGGUGUAAACCAGAUUUUCCGUUACCCAACUGCGACAAUGGAUGGGAAGAAAAUAAAGGGCAGGUAAGCUUUGUAAGGCUUACAAAUAUGGACUGGCCGUUUACGGAUUACAGCCUUGUUCAAGGGGCUAAUGAGACAGUGUAA